AUGUCAAACAGCCUCGACAAGCUCCUCGGCCACCAUGUACGCUUGACCCUCUCCCCACCCGCGGCGGCACCCAGCUCCUCUUCUCCUCCCGCUGGCUCCCGGCCCGCGCGCCAGCUCACCGGCAAACUUUGGGCCUACGAUCCCUCCCUCGGCGCAGUGGCCCUCGAAACGUCGCCGGAACCCUUGCCCACCCUGCUCGCAUCGGCACCCGCCGCCGCCGCCGCUGCCCUCCACGCCACUCGCAAUCGCUCCUCGCCCAACACAUCGGCCCCCGCCUCGACUGGCUUCAAGAUUGUCAAAAUCUCCGAGAUCAAAAAGGUCGAAUUCAUCCCGUCACCGCAGCAGCAGCAGCAGCAGCAGCAGCCCAACAGCUCCAGCACACAGUCCGAUGCAGCGCCUCGGCCAGAUCCAACCCAAGGCCUGACGCCCACGCAUCCCGUGUCUCUGGCCGUGGCCCAGGCCAGGGAGGCGCACGCCGUCAAGCAGAGCCUGACAAAGGCAGCAAAGCUGGGCGGCAAGGAAGUCUCAGAGAUCGGCCAGCUCGUAUUUGAUGCCCUCAGCAAGACGCUGCCAUGCAGGUGGCAUGGCUCACAUAUCAUCGUUCUGGACGAGGUCGUCAUCUCUGGUCCCGGCUACGAUCCCGCGUCGACCAACGUGCCGAACCUGGAUCACCAACAGCUGCGUUCUUUCGUCGACGGCACCAACGUCGGGCCCAUACCCAAUGGCGCGCAAGCGAAGGCCAACAGCUGGAAUCGUGUCGUCAAGGUGCUCGAGGGAGAAAGGCGAAAGAUCCUGGCCAACCAGACAGCGCAAUAG